UCGGCGAUUUGGAACAUCGUCCGCUGCUAGUAGAUCUCACCAUAGAAGAUCAAUCGCGUCUUAAAGUGAUUUACGGCUCUGCAGAGGGUUUCCACGCGGUCGAUUUGGACUCCGCUGAAGUAUACGAUAUUUAUCUUCCUAAACAUACUCACGAUGCAAUCAUUCCGCAUUGUAUAGUGGCGCUUCCAAAUUCAAAUGGCAUGCAACUAUUGCUUUGCUACGAUAAUGAAGGUGUCUAUGUAAAUACGGUUGGGCGAGUUUCAAAGAACAUUGUAUUGCAGUGGGGCGAAAUGCCGACAUCGGUGGCUUACAUCGGCACUGGACAAAUCAUGGGCUGGGGCAACAAAGCAAUAGAAAUUCGUUCGGUUGAGAGUGGUCAUUUGGAUGGUGUGUUUAUGCACAAAAAAGCUCAGCGCUUGAAAUUCUUGUGCGAACGAAAUGAUAAGGUGUUCUUUAGUAGUGCCAAAGGUGCUUCAUCGUGUCAAAUAUACUUCAUGACACUUAACAAGCCAGGUAUGGCCAAUUGGUAAUCAGUCAGCGAAUUCAUGGGAUUCGAAGUGAUAAACGCGCAACGUAGAAACGUACGAUUAUAAAAUGAGCGUAGAAAUGUGGAAACAAAUAAAAGCGCUGAUUGGUUACGACGACGCAAUCGACAGUUUGUUUCUCGUAAUUAUAAGUGAAUUUUAAAUUAAAGUAUGUAGUAAACCCAAAAAACGAGACAGAUGAAAUAUGAAUAUGAAAUAAAACGCUAAUAAUGCUGCUUAAUACUGCUGAAAUUAAAAACCGUAUUAUAAGCAUUAGCAGAGCAAGAAGAAAUUUACAACACCAGGAAGAUGAAAUGAGACGAAAUAUCAGAUAUUUAAUAUGGAAUAUAACGAAAACUGGAAGUAUAUGGUACUGAAGUAUAUACAUACAUACAUCCUUAUGCAGGCAUGAUGAUGCUCUGGAUACAUGAAAUUGAUUUUGCAAAGGCAGUGAGGAAGCAAUAUUAUAGUGAGCAUGCUGAAAACUUGUAUUUUAAUAAAUGCUAUUAUUAAGUUGUGUUUUGAAAAAUUUAUAGAAAACAAAUUAGAAUGAAAACGCAAUUACUUCAAAUGCAGUUGUUGCAAAGCAAACAAAUCCGGCAAAUAUCCAAUACAUAAAUAUCAUCAUUGCUCGCGCUAAAAAUGAGGCAUAGUCAUAGGCGUAAAUUUUGAUAUUGAAACUCGACACUCGUUAAGGAAUGUGUUUCAUUAAUUUUUAAACAGCUGUCAUUUUAUUUUCAUAUAAUCAUUCGAUCACAAAUGUCCUGAUUGGGGGCCUGCUGUU